AAGUGGCGGAAAAAUAACAGCAAUUUGACGCGAAGCGUGAUACGCUACGUACACAACUCCCAGGCAGCCAGUCCCAUGCGCUUGAGAGGAACGGUCUGAAUUUGCUACGCCAAUCGUCGUUAUCAAUCGUGAUUCUACUAGUCAUCUUUGUACGACGGCAACCGAAGCGAGUCAAGAAUGGGUUGGUCUCGUCCCAAGGAUGUUCCGUAUCCAUCGGUGUGGCACCGCUUCCAGGCCAAGGAUGUGGACAGUGACGCCAUGGUGACUUACGUGGUCCAGGAUCUGCCGGAGGAACGCUUUGAGGAUGCAAUAAACCAUAUGAUUGGGAUUUUCAUCCACGACGAGCCGAUGUGCAGGGCCAAAAAACUAGCGGAGCAGCAGCCUAGCGUGGAGGAAAUUCGGGAUGUUUGGCGAGAGCUCGUCAAGCAGCGGAUGGCCCUUGUUUGCUUCCGAGAAGGUGCCGAUGAUAUCGUCGGGAUGAACGUUACCUAUGUUUCGUGUGUGGAUGAUGCCAAAGAUUAUAAGAGCAAAGGUGAUCGCUGGCAGGACGUCGUGGAUGCAGUGCUAUACAUCACCGAACAAAGUAAGGUUUUCGAACGGUUCGACGUCACUGAAUACCUGACUGCGAUGGGCCUCUCGGUGUCACCACGCUAUCGCGGUCGGGGGAUUGCAACGGAGAUCCUUCGAGCUCGUGUUCCCCUUGCGCAAGCAGUGGGAGUAAAAUUGACCUCGACCGUGUUCACCGCCAUAGGAUCCCAAAUUCCGGCCGCCAAGGUUGGCUUCGUGGAGACCUUCGUGAUGGACUAUGAUAAACUAGCAGAGCUCGAUCCAAGGUUUACGUUCCCCGGAAUUCAAAGCAAGAGCUGCAAGAGUAUGAGUUUGCGAAUCGAAUAAAAUGAAUCAAUUACUUUGCCGCUGAAAUUCGUUUUACUAGGUGGACUAGAAAUGAACAAUCUGUUUUGAAGUUUUCCAAUUGAAUAAUGAGCUUGUUAAAAUGGUCAUGACAUUUAGCCAAUACAUUGAUAAAUCUG